AUGACGCAGCCUGGGAAGCCCACAGCGGGGGUCCUCCAGAUCCCUGUGGCGGCCACACAGAAAUCCGGCUCAGGAGCGCCUCCAAAGAAGGCUCCCAAACCCCCCGCUCCACGUCUGAAGCUCUUGAUCCGACGUCUACCUCCUGGGCUUACUCAAGUCGAGCUUGAGUUUGCUCUGGGGGACGAAUGGAAGGCAGGGGCAGGAAAGGUCGACUGGCUUCACUAUAAGCCUGGUAAGGUUUCGAAAGAUCCUGCGAAGCCCUCCCGUCCCUCACGAGCCUACAUCCACGUUGUGUCCACCGAACAUGUUACACCCCUCUCAGACAAGGUGCGCCAGGAGUCGUUCCAAGAUGCCCGUCAUACCUUCAACGAUCCGAUUCUGCUUGGACCUCCAUCCCUCGAGUAUGCAGCGUAUGCCAAAACACCCGGAAGCCGCUCUCGCAAGGAUGCCCGUCAGGGUACGAUUGAUCAAGACUCGGACUUUAUUGCGUUCCUCGAAAGCCUAACCCAACCCAUCACCAAACCAGCCCCUGUCGAUUCAAUGGCAGAUGCUGAAGAAAAGAAGAAGGAGUCUGUUACAACUACCCCGCUAGUGCAAUACAUCAAGGACAAGAAAGCAAGCAAGUCGAAGGACGGGGGCUCCAAAUCCUCCAAGCAUAGCCGCGCGGACAAGGAAAACAAGCAAGAGAAAGUGAUGGCGAAGAAACUUUUGCAGAGAGCCGACAAAGAAACCAGCUCAACCUCUGAGAAGAAGAGCAGGGCAGAGAAGACAAGCAAGGAAUCCACAAAGGCAACCAAACAAGCAGCUGCCAAUGCCAAGGCAGGCAAAUCCGCUGCUACAGAGCGCGGAAAUGUUGCGGCAGCUACUAAAAUCCUCCAGCGCGACCUUGGAAUUUCGACCUCUGGAGGCCGCCGGCGCGGCAAAGGUGGUGCUGGUGAUACUGGUUCUCCCAAGAAUGAAAGCUCUCGCGAUUCCCCCGCUCCACCCACUGAGGCUCCCAAGAAGGAAUCUGCCAAAUCUGCGAAGAACGCUUCUACAUCUACAAAGUCCAAGGACGAAUUAUCCUCGCGAGCAUCCGAAGUCAGCCCUGCGCCAGCCACGAACGCACCCACGAAAUCGUCCAAAGGCAGCAAAGCGAAGCCGGCCGCCAGCCCGGCGCCCACCGCGACACAGGCAUUCUUGAAACAUGCCAACCCUUCUCAGGGUGUCACCGAGGCACUAUUGGAGGCUGCAUUCUCCUCCUUUGGAACAGUGACCAAGGUUGAGAUUGACAAGAAGAAGGGAUUCGGAUAUGUGAGCUUCGCGGGGUCCGACGGACUUCAAAAGGCCAUUGCGGCCAGUCCCGUCUCGGUCGCCCAGAGUCAGGUGGUGGUGCUGGAGCGCAAAGUCAACCCCCAUCCCAACACAGAGAAGUCUCGCAAAGGUCGCGAUGCACCGGCACCCAAAACCAACAAGGACAAGGCCAAGGCCAGUGAAGGAGGUGGAAACAAUGCCGGGUCAUCACGCGGGUCUCGUGGAGGACGUGGAUCACGCAACAAAGGACCCAAGGGAGGCAACGGAAACAGUGCAGCGUCAGAGAAGACCGGAGGAACCGGAGGAACCGAGGCUACCUGA